AUGAGCUCCAAGGUAGCGUCUCCGCGCGCUCAAAUUCGCCACAGUCGCUCCAUGGAUCUUGGUGUUGCACGGUCAAUUGAUAUUUCUAGUCAAAUGGAAGAGGUCAAGUCACUUAUUCGCUCUACCAAAGUCUUCAACGACGAUGCAGUGACGAGCGAGGUCGAGUGGUUUUAUGGACCGUUAGGUAUUCACGACUUUUAUUUUUCGGGCCAGUCUCCAGCAGAAAUUGCGCGCCAUAUUCAAAGUUUGAUUGCUGCCAAGCUCAUGUCCAAAGCAUCAAAUCGCCCUGACGUCAAGCUUGAGCAAGAAGGAGAAAAGGACGCUUUUUUCGCUGUACUAAGCAACGUCGUGGGUAGUGCUGACCAGCCUAGUCGUCGUGCCGCCCGUUACGAAGCUGGCAUUACGGAAACUGAGCUAUUAGAGCGAUAUCUUGAGAAGCAUUUUCUCAGUGGCUCGAGUGGCGUGAUUGGCGAUGGUGUAAAAGUCGGGUAUCAGUACCUGGAAAAAGCCGAAUAUAGCAAGAAGCGCACUUACCGCAUGCAGUGCUAUCGCUCAAAUGGCGUGCUGGAUCCUCAAUCUGUACCAUAUCAUGUACGCAUGUACUUCCUUCAGGAGCCCGACUACAUCGACUCAAACGUAAGUGAGGAAGAAACAGAUAUUUCUAAAGUAGCCGACAAAGUCUUUCUUAAACGAUCGGGUCCGCGUCUUCGUGAAGUUUAUCAAGAAUGCAUCAUCAAAGCUAUGAACCAGAUGACACCUGCCUUUCACACUGAAGUAUGGACUGAGUCAGGCGGUUUGAAAAUGGCUCGUGUUGCUAUCGCACAUCGCAGUGGCGCAACGCAUUCGUACUUCUCUAGCAUUGCCGAUGUCUACCGUCAGCAUGGCCUCUUUUCGCAACGCAAAUAUGCCGAGUUCUUUGCAAAUGGUAUUGUCAUUUACUGUUUUUACUUGCAAAUGCUCGACAAUCCUACUGCUGGAAAAGGAUCAUUUGAAGACCGUCUUGAUGCUGUCGUUAACGAUGCCUCGAUGCACUUUACUCUGCCUCGCACUUCGCUGACGCCCAUGCUCACAGAUGGUCUUUUGACCCCACAGCAAAUUGCCUACGCUUACGCGGCUUGGAAGUUUACCUUUCACUUUAUGCACCGCCUGCCCGAAUCGUUUGCUAUCGUCAGUAAGUCACUUCGUGAUCGCGAUCCGAACGCUUUUGCCCGUCUGGAGCAGCUGCGCUCGACUAUGAAGUUGAAUACAUACACAGAAUCUCAGAUCUUAGAUCACAUUCUUAGCUCAGCAGAGAUCAUCAAAAUCCUGUACGCUGAGUUUAAGGCUCUUCAUGAACCUACAAAGGAUGGUAAACGCCCACCCGUUGAUACAAACACUACAAUGUCAACCCUUCGCAAGUUGAUUGUAGCUGAGCAAGCACUCGAGAUUUUUUCGCUCUUCAAUCUGUUUAAUGUACACACGCGGAAGACCAACUUUUUUGCUAAUGACAAGGCGGCUCUGUCUUUCCGUUUAGACGGCAAGUUUUUGAGCAAGACCGAGUUUCCGGAUGAACCUUACGCAAUCAUUUUCGUCAUCGGUUCCGAAUUUCGUGGCUUCCACGUCCGUUUUCUAGACGUUGCGCGCGGUGGCAUCCGUAUGAUUCGUUCAUCACAUGCUCAAGUUUACCUGAACAACGCGUCGUCUCUCUUUGAUGAAUGUUAUGGACUUGCAUCGACGCAACAUCGCAAAAAUAAGGAUAUACCAGAGGGUGGUUCGAAAGGCGUCGUGUUACUAAACCAAGCGCAUCAAGACAAGGCUGAUAUAGCAUUCCGCAAGUACAUUGAUGCGAUUCUGGACCUGAUGCUGAUGAAGGAACCGGAAGAAGAUAUCUUGUUUCUUGGACCUGAUGAAGGCACAGCUCACCUCAUGGACUGGGCCAGCUCUUACGCCAAAAAGCGUGGAUACUCAUAUUGGAAAGCCAUCACGACGGGCAAAUCGCCUUCACGUGGCGGCAUCCCACACGAUGUGUACGGUAUGACAACUCACAGUGUGCGUGAAUACGUAUUGGGCAUCCAGCGAAAGCUGCAGCUCCAAGCGCCUAUCACUAAAGUACAGACAGGUGGUCCGGACGGAGACCUUGGUAGUAAUGAGAUCAAAAUGAGUUCGCAAGAAGAAACAAUUGCAAUCGUUGACGGCUCGGGUGUACUUUAUGAUCCAAAAGGCAUCAAUCGCGAGUUUCUUGUCAAGCUGGCGGAGGAACGUUGUCCAAUUUCGGGUUUUGAUACGAGUUUACUGUCUUCGGACGGCUUCUCGGUACUCGUUUCGCACAAUGACGUCACACUUCCGAAUGGUGAAGUCGUGGAAAAUGGCACAGAAUUCCGCAAUCUGUUUCAUCUACGUCCAAGUCUCACGGCUGACUUCUUUGUGCCAUGUGGUGGCCGCCCCGCUGCAGUAAAUCUUAACAACGUCGAGCGAUUCAUGUAUCGAGAGGACGGCCGGACACUACGUUUCAAAUACAUCGUAGAGGGUGCCAACUUAUUUUUCUCUCAGGACGCCCGCAUCCGUCUUGAAGAUGCAGGCGUAAUCCUUUUCAAAGACGCGUCCGCGAAUAAAGGAGGUGUGACGUCGUCGUCGCUUGAAGUACUAGCUGCAUUAUCCAUGACGGACGAGGAGUUUGCCGAACACAUGCUGGUGAACGAAGCUACUGGUGAGCAUCCCACGUUUUACGUUAACUAUGUAAAUGAAGUGCAGAAUCGCAUUGAUCUGAACGCUCAGCAUGAAUUUGAAUGUAUCUGGCGCGAGCACGAGCGCUCGGGCAUGUACUACUCGGUGCUGACCAAUCAACUAAGCGAGCGUAUUACUGACCUGAGUGCUAAGAUUCAACACUCAGGACUUUGGGAGAACCAGCCACUACGGGAAAAAAUCUUUGCCGAUGGCUUCCCCGAAAUUUUGCUGGGCAUGAUUCCAAAGGAGGAGCUGUUUCGACGCUUACCUGAGAGUUAUACUCGUGCCUUUUUUGCGUCUCAACUUGCCAGCCGCUUUAUUUACAACGUCGGACUUGGCGCGCCUGAGUUUUCGUUCUACGAGUUUAUUCAGGAGCUAAUUGGAAAUAAGUAG